CGGAGUAUCCAUCUGACUCACUCUCGAGAAGCACUCAACAAUUGAAGUGUUCAAGUUUGUUCUUGCGCUAUGGUAGACGGGUACUAGACAUCCAUGGAUCAUGGCGCAGGAUGACCUCGCCCCACGGCGCGUCCAAUUCUCUUCUUGCGACAGCUGCAGGAGAUCACGCGUGGCCUGUGACGCCCAAAGAACUCGGCACAACAGCGACGCUUCACAAGCAGCUGGACCCUGCACAAGAUGCACGAACCGACAGCGUCAAUGUACCUUUGAGUGGCUCAAACGCAAGAAUAAUCCCAGAGCGACACCAUCGCGAAGGAAAGCGCAAGAUCAACCUCCGCACGAUGGCACUGAGGCACAAGCCUCUGAGCAGAGAGGCCUUGUCUCCGGCCGCUCGAUGUCCGAAUUGAGCGAACAUUCUGGUAACGAGUGGAAUUGGCCCACCAGAGAUCUCCCACCGGUGAUCCACUCUCAAUCGGCCCUGAACUCGGACGAUUUUGACACGAUUGUCGACAAGCAAUGGCUACACAAUAUCUACGAGAAUGUGUUUGAGACAGUCUUUGGGUCCUGGUUGGGAAAAUAUAGUAAUCCCUUUGCAUUCGGUGAACACAGCCUGUCGGAAUUGUGCGUGAGCAUACACCAGCUGUGUCGCCGGCUUGAUCGGUGGAUGGACGAGGAUUGGGAAAGCCCAGCUGCUAUGCUGGACCACGGGCGCCCUGCGGACGCAGCAAGGCGAGAAAGGGACCUCCAGAUCGACCAAUGGCUCGACCAUGCCAUCGAGGCAUUCGCCGCCCGCUGGCUGCCGUUGACAAUGCAAUCAGUUGAUUCAGAGUUCUCAUCUGCCGAAGUCGUCAGGGCACUCUGGCGAUGUGCACACAAGGACAUGCUAAAGGUGAUCAACAGGCCAUCCUACCGAUCGAUGCUGACCUUGCUUCUAUUUGCACUGACUCCGAUCCCGGCGGGUAUCUCUGAGGAGGAAGAGCUCGAUCGUGUCUCCGGUCAAGUCUGUGUUCAUGCGGCACUUCAGCAGAUCCAGGAACUACGCGCUCAUCAGCGAAGUCUUCGGUUCAACGGCAACCGAGUCAACUUAGACAUCCCCGUUCGUCCCCCGGGUGCCAGCCCUCAUUCUCUUGCAACUGCCAAUUUCAUCAAUGCCGAGAGCACUGCCUACUGGGUCGCUCUUACUUUCGACACCUCUGCUUCGUUGACACUCGGCUGCAAGCCAUUGCUCUCUUCAGGCCUUUUCGGUUUUGAGUCGGAAUCCUCCUGGCGCCUGGUUCGUGCGUGUAUGGAGAUCUUCCGCGACAUGACAAAGGACUGGCAUGAUCCCGAGUUCGACAUGACGGACGACAAAGCCAAUCAAGUCAUAGCAGCAGGCGCCGCUUGGAAAUUGUUGGUGUGGAAACUGACAGCUAAUAUGAAGGAAUCCCUACGAGAUGGCCAUGAUGAAGCAGAAGUCAGUAGGGCUUUCAGUCUCGUAUCAGAAGCGAUCGACCAAUUCAAUAUUACCUAUCGAGGCUUACUCGAAGUGUGCCAGAAACGCAUUCAAUUCUUUGGCCAGGAAACGAAGCUUCGUUGGUGUAAGUGGUCAACAACACUCCUCUACAGAUUCUGGCUGACCUUAUUCUCCAAGAUGAGCUCAUGCUGCAUUACAAUCUGUCCAUUCUCAUGCUUGUGGAUAUGAUUGCAGCGACCGAUCGGCAUGAUCUUCUCUCACGCUUCUCAGCGAAAAGGGUCGACGCCGAGAGCUGGGUCUUGAAUUGCCUGAUGUUCGGCCUCACCAACCGAUACACCCUACAACUUCAAUCGGAUGUCGUCCCUGCUGAUUCCAUGGCUUCGAAUGCACAAUUACCGAGUUUCACUACAUCACUGGUUGCUGUCGACCCAUAUGCGCAUCACGCUGUUGCUGCUGUCAAAUUGAUGCAGAAAGCCAUAGACAGAGACUUCGCUGCGGGAAAAAUUAGCGCAGAUGCAUAUCGGAACCUACUUUCUACCUUAACGCAGACCCUAGACCAAUUACCUCAGGGGUCCAAGUCAGUACAGAUUGUCAGGGCAGACCUUGCCAACAUCGAAGUCGCUUCCCAGCCGUUGUACGCAACGAGUGGCCCGUGAAGAUGCGUACAGUCUGGUUAACGUCUCCCUCUCCUCCUCCUCCGGAGCCGAGUCGCGCAGAGACGUCAAUCCCACCAAGGGCACGUACCGGGCCAAUCUCUGUUAUGGGCAAAAGCACUGCAUCGCAGGAUCCUACGCCGCUUCCGCUCCGUGCUGACAUGCAGGUGGCCGCAACAUCGCAUUUUGGCAGUCUGAAGUGUACCUUUCUUCAGCACAUGCAGGAUCGGGCAUCUACCACGUGAAACACGUCGGAUCCGCCAGGAGAAAAUCAUACUCCGGCCACAUGGGCAAGCAUACCAGGAGACGUCUGUGGGGCCAGGGCAAUGCAACCUAACCCCGGACUUUGGGGAAAUGAGCCUCAGUCGUCGGGGGGCGGGCACUUGCGGGAACACGGAAUCUCCUUAGGCAGGUCCACACAUUCUCGCCUGGGAUGAUAUGUCAAGGUCGGAAUCACCUGAGGAAAGUGCACCAGGAAAGUCCAGCGACGCAAUCUAUUCGAGCUCAAGCCUUCGGCUCGCCAUCCAACGAGACUACUGUACGCCUUCCACACCUUAACAAGGAUUGCAACGGAGCUCUUCCUUCGAUCGGUCUGGCUGAAAGACUGCAUUUUUACCCUGUCCGCCAGCCGCUGGACAGAAAAACGGGUCGCUUUCUAAAGCCGCAUGCAUUGUCCGGGCAAUUUCCUUGUCCUCAGGCGCAAACAGGUAAAAUUCUCUCCUGGGCGCCAACGGCAGAAACUUCUAGGCUUACCAGGGUGUCGGCUGGGGCUUGCGAGCAUCACUCCACUGAUUGCUCCGGACUCAGGGUCAAGUACGAGUCUGAUGCAGUGUAGAGUACGCUGUCAUCAGCCUCCGCUCUGACGGGCUACUUGCACAUUCGCACAAUCUCGAACGAAGUACAUUAAUGUCGUGAUGAUGUGACGUCGACCCGCGUGGUGCUGCCCCUCAGCUCGUAUUCUCGCUUCGAGCGUGAGCGGACCGACCACUUAUGCGAGGCUGUGGCUUUGCCACAAAGCUUGGGUAGCAUUUUCAAAAGCCGGGGGUCGUGCUCCGCCGCCCAAUGGAGCUUUGCCACAAUCAUCCAUGAUCCCUCUCAAUUGCCGAUCGACUUGGCUCGGAGCCGUUCGGUACCGAUUUGAUAUGAGUACACAGGACGGCACACAAUCACAGAGGCGACCUGGGCUUAGAUCUCCGGAAUCAGUAAUCGUAGAUCAAGACCCAGGGUGGUGUGGGUGGUGCGGAUGUGGACGCUGUUGGAUACUGCAGAAUCGCCUGCCUGGCGGUAUCGCAGAUGCUGUCGAACAUUGAUCUUUACAAGGCGGUCGUGUGCGAGAUGCGGUGACGGUGUGAAGGAACUGCAGAUUUGGCCUUGAGGCGGAAUGGUUACAAACGUGUUGUUGAAGAUUUCUUAGUAUCAUUCAUUUCCAUCAGGAUUAACUCCCC